CCUGUGCCCCGGGGUGGGGCGCCAUUUUCGCACGGAGGGCAGCAGCCGACAGCAGCCAUGGAGAAACAAAUCGCGCGACAAUUCCGCCAAAAGGUCCAGGCCUUGUUGGAGGAUGAGUCAGAGAGGGACGUCCUGUACACAUCACUCAGACAAUAUCAUGAAUCCAUGUCCCUUCCCGAGCUCAUCACAGACCUCAGGAAAGUCGUCAACUCUCCAGACAGGAUGGAACUGUUCGAGGACGUCAGACCGUUAAUACCUCUGAAACAUCAAGUGGAAUACGACAAAAUAGUACCCAACAGACUAGCGAGAAAAGCACGAAUUGUAAAACUGGUGAAGAAUGGACCAGAUAGUCUUGGGUUUUCACUAAGAGGAGGAGUUGAACAUGGAGUAGGCAUCUAUGUAGCACAUGUUGUACCCAGUUCACCUGCAGAGAUAUCUGGACUCAGGGUAGGAGAUGAAGUCCUGAGAAUAAACGGUUACACCGUGGACCAGUCUACUCACGAGGAGAUCGUGUUACUGACACAGAGCACCAGUUACAUAGAGAUGAAAAUUAGACAUAUUGGAAUGCUGCCUAUUAAAAGAACAAGAACAGACCAGCUGAGAUGGGAAUAUGUUGAUCCUGUGCCAGGCUCCUCCAACUCACCAAAUGGAACAGUCCUAACUAGUGAGCCGGUUGACACCGGGCUGACCACUACUGACCACACUCACACCGCCGGACCUCUGACCGAUCCUACCAGCUCUGGAGAAGUGAUCAACAACAUGUCCAAUGGAGCUCCGUCCCCCAAGAUGGGGAGAGAAGACAGGAGGGUGUUUGUGAACCUGGAGGGGACACCUGGACUGGGAUGCAGUAUAUGUGGUGGACCAGCCUACAAGCCUGGUGUGUUUGUCAAGAAUGUGAAACCAGGGUCCAUAGCAGAGGAGAUCGGUCUGAAGCUUGGAGACCAGUUCCUAGAUGUGAACGGUAUAAAUUUGACACAUGCAGACUAUGGCGAGGCUAUCUCCGCUCUAAAGGGCAGCAAACAACUAACAAUAACAGUGAGACCACAAGAGGGUGAGGAGCUGUUCAAAGAUGCCAUUUUCCCUAAGAAGAGUAUCCACCUGGACCAAGAUCCUCCUGAACCUCAGGACUCGGAGGAGAAGGCGGCAGAGAGACAGGAGCUGGAGAGGCUCCGACAGAUCGCCAUCGACAGGGAGAAAAAACGACAGAAGAAAGAAACAGAGGAAAGAGAGGCUGAAGAGAAGAAAAAGCAGGAAGAAGAACAACAAAACAAAUUGCAGAAAAGGAAAUCUGAAGAGGAUGAUGAAGAGAUCAGUCGACAGUUGGAGCAGGAGCUGCUCAACCUCAGCCUCACCCAGCAGAAAAUAGACGACGAGAAAAAACAAGAAGAGAGUCGUAAGCGGAGCAUGGAGAGCAGGACCCAGGCCCAGCGUAGGGAGAGUGAGAGGAAGGAGAAACAGACACAGCUGCAACUGGACCAGCUCUCGGAGCACGACAAGAAGCGCAGGAAGGAGCUCGAACUCCAACAAAAACUGGAGGAGCAGAAUCGCCUGCAGCAGGAGAAGGAGGAGCGUAUGAGGAUCCACCGUCUUCAGCAGGAAGCUAAGGAGUCAGAGCGGGAGAUCCAGCGGGAACAACAGUGGCUGAGUCAGGAGGCAGAGAAGGACCUGAGGAAACCUAACCUCAUCCCCAGUCCUCCCAAAACUUACAUGAGUCCCAGUGCUGCACAGGGGGUAAGAAGAACGCCCUCCAGGAUUGGUCAGGACAAACUGUCGCCAGAGAAGUUCGACCCUGCCAGUCUGUUCACCAAGCCUCAGAUAGCAGGCAGAGAGAUACGGAUGAUCAAGAUCAAAAAAGAGAAGGACACAGAUCUGGGAGUGACAGUUGAAGGAGGGAUUGACUCCGUGCUGGGAGGGAAGGUGAUUGUGACGGAGGUGUGGGAGGGAGGUCUGGCACACACACAUGGUGGCCUGUACAAGGGAGACCAGAUUAUGAACUGUAACGGCCGCACCAUGCUGGACAUCAGGCUGGCCCGGGCACAGGAGAUCCUCCGGGAGGAGAUGAAGGCUACAGGGGAUUCCCUGACCCUUGUGAUCGCUGUUGCCCCACCUAAAGCAUACGAAGAUGAAGUGAAGAAACUAACCCACACUCUCGCCAUGGGAGACAUUCAAGAGGAACCUAUUUCUGAGAAGCCAACAUGGAUCCUGAAAGAUGACAUCCAAGUGACUAUCAUCUGAACCAAGGUUCAUCUGAUCUGCAAGCUGAGACCCUUCAUACACUGAAAGCAGUGACUCAAGCAACUGGAUAUGGUUUUGGAAACUGUCAGACAUUUCAGCUAGCAUUCACUACCUUUCAUCAGUGACACUGGAGAGUUGUCAGAAAAUCAGGUUUUAUUAAGCACAAACUCUUGAUUGAUAGGCAAAUAAAAAGUAUGAAGACAAAUUUUUCUUUUCAAGGUUCAAAAGGAAACAAAAGUUUUGCAAAAGAGACCCUUUGUACUUCUCAUAUCUCAACUGUAACAAAGAUUAUGUU